AUGAUAUUAGAAGAUAGGAUCUUGUGUGAUCUUGCAGGAAGAAGGAAAGGCGAAGAAGGAAGCUGGAAGAUAGAACGACCGGUCGACGUGUUCAUCGCUGCUACUGCUGCUGCUGCUGCUGCUGGCACUGGUAGUGUUGGUGGUGGUGCUGCUGCUGCUGCUGGUGUUGAUGUUGGUGGAGGUGAUAAGAAGUGCAUGAAGAAAAAGCAAUGGAAGGAGGAACAUCGUGUUCCGCCUGUGGAAAUGUCCGUACCUGUAGUAAGCUCUUCCUGGAUGGAUUCCAGUAUCAGAAAUCCAAGCACCAGCAAUUCGGAUGCUAACAUCCAGGAUUCACGAUCGUCAUCUGGUGCAAGCAGCUCUGAUUCGGGUAAUGCAUCGAAUAGCGGUGUUGCCGGUGGUAGCGGUGGCAGUGUUCAUCCGGAAAGUUCACCAACUGACAAGCAGUUAUUGCUUGGCACGGAAUGUGUCGUUUGUGGUGACAAAUCGAGUGGCAAGCAUUAUGGGCAGUUCUCAUGCGAAGGAUGUAAAUCAUUUUUUAAAAGAUCAAUAAGACGAAGUCUUAAUUAUACAUGUCGUGGUACCAAAAAUUGUCCAGUGGAUGUGAAUCAUCGAAAUCAGUGUCAGUAUUGUCGUUUGAAGAAAUGCGAAAGAAUGGGAAUGCGUAAGGAAGCAGUACAACGCGGAAGGAUACCACCAAAUGCGCAGCAUGCUUACUCUUCUACAGUUCUUUUUGGUGAACGGUUAUUGACAGUAAAUCAGGGUGUUGGUUCACAUUUCUCAUCCGUUGUGACGCAUCUCAUUCGCGCUGAGCCAUAUCCGCCCACUGCUUGUAGUUCAUCAUCAAGUUCAAUUGGAAUGGACAAUAUCUAUGAGUUUGGUGCCAAAUUGUUAUUUUCUGCUGUCGAAUGGGCCAAGAAUAUCCCAUUCUUCAAUGAACUCAGUGACACUGAUCAACUGACAUUACUUCGAGCAAGUUGGGCUGAAUUAUUCGUGGUAAAUGCAGCACAAUUCGGUAUGCCGGUGCAUGUAGCACCUUUACUUGCUGCCUCCGGUUUGCAUUCUUCUCCUCCAUUACCAACCGAUCAACUAGUUGUAUUCAUGGAUCGGAUACGUGUUUUCCAGGGUCAACUCGAACGUUUAAAAGCACUGCAAAUGGACCCAGCCGAAUUUUGCAGCCUGAAAGCAGUUAUAUUAUUCAGUGUUGAUUGUUGUGGACUAAAUGAUGUUAUACGAGUGGAAACGAUACAGGAAAAGGUUCAAUCGGCAUUGGAGGAAUAUUGCAGGGCACAGAAGCAGUUACAGAUCGGACGAUUCGGUCGUUUAUUGUUACGAUUGCCAAGUUUAAGAUCAAUCAGUGCAUCUGUAAUCGAGCAGUUAUUUUUUGUAAAAUUAGUUGGUGAAACACCGAUUGAAUUUUUACUCAGGGAUAUGCUUGGGACGCAAAAUGAGAAUGUUAUUAAACCAUUUGUUUGGCCUUGUCAACUACGUUCAUGA